AUGGACAUCAAAGAGGCCAAGACUGAAACAGUCAGGCCUGCGUCUGACAAUGCGGACGAGGAAGUUGGCGAAGGACGCCUCGACAAGGUUGAGCUUGAUUCUGAUAACCAAGAUGAGAAUGUCGAAUACAGCUAUGAAUCCAACCGAUCUCCAUUUCCCGAAGUGAGAGCUGUUGUCCCCGAGACCGACGAUCCCACAAUGCCCGUCAAUACUGUCCGAAUGUGGGUGCUUGGAGUUCUGUUUACGAUGUUGGGGUCGGGAAUCAAUCAAUUCUUCUCGCUGCGAUAUCCAUCAGUCCAUAUCGUCGCCCUUGUUGCAGAGCUCUUGGCCUACCCCCUCGGUGUUUUCCUCGCCAAAACUCUACCCCUCGUCACGAUUCCCCUUGGGCCCUUGGGAUCAUUUGUGCUCAAUCCCGAUCGUCAUUUCAAUAUCAAGGAGCAUGCCUUGAUUGUCAUCAUGAGCAAUGUCUCAUUUGGAUAUGCCACGGCCGAUGCCACAAAUAUCAUCCAAGCUUCUAGUAAAGCAUUUUAUAACUUUGACCUGAAGCCCGGCUUCUAUGUGAUGAUUGUUCUCUGUGCACAACUGCUUGGUUUUGGAGUUGCUGGUCUGACUGCUCCGUGGUUGGUCGAGCCUGCCCGAAUCAUCUGGCCGGGAGUGUUAUCCAACUGUGCCAUGCUAGAAACGCUGCAUUCGCGAGCCAACACCGUUGCCAAUGGAUGGCGCAUCUCUCGCUUGCGGUUCUUUUUAUACAUCACCGCCGGCGGGUUUGUCUGGUACUUUUUCCCAGGCUUGAUAUUCACUGCCCUCUCAUACUUCACUUGGGUCUGCUGGAUUGCGCCCAAGAAUGUCAUUGUCAACCAGCUUUUUGGCAUGCAGACUGGUCUAGGCCUUAGCCCUAUCACAUUUGACUGGAGCCAAAUUGCAUACAACACCAAUCCACUUCUAUCACCCUCGUGGGCAGCUCUCAACGUCUUUGCUGGAUUCGCUGUUUGCUUCUGGAUCGUGGUUCCAAUUCUCUACUACAAGAACACGUGGUUCACAGCAUACCUUCCACUUAUGACUGCCGAUGUCUAUGACCGAACUGGUGCAGUUUACGACACGGCCCGUGUCAUUUCAUCCAGUAACACGCUGGAUGUAGAAGCUUACCGCAACUACUCACCACCAUAUCUCGGUGCAACAUUUGCAUUCGUAUACGGUCUCUCAUUUGCCUCGAUUACGUCCGUGCUAUCACACAUUGGCAUCUGGCAUGCCCGCGAUCUCUGGGACGCGAUGAAGGGUCGAAACAAGCUCGAUAUCCACGCACGCCUUGUUCGCGCUUCGUACCGCCGUACACCAUGGUGGUGGUACGCAUGUAUCAUCGUCAUUAUCAUGGCCAUGUCUAUUGCUAUGGUUGAGGUCUACGAAACUAAGCUCCCCGUUUAUGGUGUCUUCCUAGGCUUGAUCAUUCCCGCCAUCUAUAUGGUCCCGUGUGGCAUUGUGCAGGGUAUCACGAACGUUGACGCAAAUCAGCUCAAUGUUCUCGCCGAGUUCAUGGGCGGGUAUCUGUUCGAAGGCAAGCCGCUGGCAAACAUGAUUUUCAAGAUCUUGUCGACAGAUGUCGUUGGCCAAGGCGUUUACUUUGCCAUGGAUAUGAAGCUCGGACAUUAUCUCAAGGUGCCCCCGCGGACCACUUUCUUCGCUCAGGGUAUCGCUACAAUUCUCGGUGCCCUGACGCAGGCCGGUGUGACGAUUUGGAUGCUUGGCAACAUUGAUGGAAUCUGCGAAACUGACCAGGUAGACAGCUUUACCUGUCCCAAUGGCAGAACAGUGUACUCGUCGUCGGUGAUUUGGGGUCUUGUUGGACCAAGUCGGCUUUAUUCCGCCGGGAAGCUAUAUUCAGGCCUUUUGCAUUUCUUCUGGAUUGGGCUGCUCGCCCCGUUCAUUACUUACUUUAUGUACCGCUGGACUCGAAACCGCUUCUGGAAGCUUAUUAAUUGGCCCUUGAUCUUUGUGGGAACUUAUAAUGUCCCACCAGCGACCGGAAUUAAUUAUUCCAGCUGGGCCCUCGUCAACUUUCUCUUCAAUCACCUGAUACGCCGUCGCUUCUUUUCUUGGUGGACCAAAUAUAACUAUAUUCUGGCCGCUGCACUCGACACUGGUCUUGCACUUAGCGGCAUUGUGAUCUUCUUCUGCAUAUCGUACCCCGGUGCCACUUUCCCGGACUGGUGGGGCAAUACAGUUUACCUGAAUACUGCUGAUGCAGACGGUGUUUCGUGGCUCAAGAUGCCAUCAGUUGGGUAUUUUGGUCCUGCUAACGGAACAUGGACCUGA